UCCUGAGGAGAGAAGAACAUGUCACAGAUCUUGUGAACUGGGAAAAACCAUUGACCCAGCCUCAUGGAAGCCUUACAAUGAAACUCUUCCUCAUCAGGGGGUACUUAAGAACCUUCUGUUGCUCAUCAGGAUCCCUCGCUUCUGGGCUUCUGGCGUUGAGCGCCUCUGGCACCUGCCCUGGCCCAGCCCCGGCCCCGGCCCCACGCAGGCCUGCUCUUCCGGCAUUUAAGGCGCAUAGCCGGCGCGGCUGCAGCUCUGGCUGGUUGAGAGUCACAACCGGCGGGACGCACAAAGCAGAAUGGGCUGCAGGCACAGCCGACCCAGCCGGGGCAAGCGCGCAGAAAAGGUAGAAGAGACACAGACAGAACUCCUGGAGACACUGGACAAAGAGGGAAGGACCCUGGAAGGAAGGCAUGAGGAGGCUGGGCAAGCCCUGCAGACAUCGUGUGCAAGGGAGAAAAACACUUCUAAUGUCUCCAUCCAAGAGGCCAAAGCCUCAUUUCAGAACUCCUGUGCAAUGCCCACCUCAUCACAGGAGGCGAUCCAGCCCCAGAUGAACAGGGUGGAAGGGUCCAUCCUUAGCCAACUCUAUAAGAACCACAUCCAGGAUUAUGGGAGCCCCGGCCUGUUCUGGGAACAAGAGCUGGAGAGUUUGCACCAUGUUAUUGCGAUGAAGAAUGAGCGAAUUCACGAACUGGAGAAGGAGCUCCUCCUCCUGGAGAUGCUGAAAGAAAAGAAUCUGAUAUUAGCACUGAAAAACACCACUCUUCGGCAGGAGGUUGAGGACCUACAGUUCCAAGCAGGGAACAGACUGACCAUAUCAAGGCAGUUCCAGAAAGAUCUACUUCAGGAUCUGGAGAAGGAGUCACAGAAUGGCCACUGCUGCAGCAGACGGAGAAGCCACUGAACCAUCUGAGUCUUGGGAACCUGUUCCCUCCCAGACUCACCACUCCCUCCAAAGUCUGUGGAGAAGAGGGCAAGACUCCACUCUUCUCUCAGGAUGGACCAGGUGGGUAGGAGGAAAUAUAUAUAGGCAACAACACCAAUGGCAGAGGUUGGGCUACCAGAAUCACCCAAGAAGUGCCUUCCCUUAGUUGGCCCAGGGAACAAGCAGGCAGAGUCUUUGUCAUCCUCCUGCCCCCAAAUCCUGUCCUCAUGAGGGCAUGCAAGACUUCUCCCAUGGCAGCUGGCGCCGUUUUUGAUCAUCAGCUUUGCUGACAACUCACCGACCCAUCAAAUUCUUAUUACCACAGCCCUAAUUCUCCCUCAGAGGAAAACUGCAAAAGACAUGAUCCAAGAAGAAGGAAUGCAGGACUGUUUCUGUUGAGAUGGGGGUCUCACCAUGUAGCCUAACUUUGAACUCAAAACCACCAUGCCUCAGCCUCCUGAGUGCUGGGAACAUGGGCAUGUGCCACCACAUCCAACCGGAUAAAGAGUUGAAUUAGCUGUAGUGCUAAGCACUGUAAAUAUUUUUUAAGCAUAUUUAUCUAAGGUCUUAAUGUGAAAAUUAAAUCUUUUAGUUAAAAAUAAAACUAUAUUUUCAUGUCCUUUUCAGUGAAGAUA